CCCUCUUUCAACUUUUCACCAAAGCGGCAUCACUAGCAAAAUGCCGCCGAAGUUCGACCCUAGUGAGGUGAUUGAGGUGUGCGUGCGUGUGACGGGUGGCGAGGUGGGUGCCGCCUCAUCGCUGGCCCCCAAGAUUGGUCCUCUGGGUCUCUCGCCAAAGAAGAUUGGUGAGGACAUCGCCAAGGAGACAGCCAAGGACUGGAAGGGCCUGCGCAUCACCGUCAAGCUUACGGUCCAGAACCGCCAGGCUAAGAUUUCGGUCAUCCCCUCGGCUGCUGCUCUGGUCAUCAAGGCCCUGAAGGAGCCGCCUCGGGACCGCAAGAAGGAGAAGAACAUCAAGCACACUGGCAGCGUCACCAUGUCGGAUAUCAUCGAGAUUGCCCGCGUCAUGCGGCCUCGCAGCUGCGCCAAGGACCUGGCGAUGGGCUGCAAGGAGAUUCUCGGGACAGCCGUGUCGGUGGGCUGCAAGGUGGACGGCAAGGACCCGCGCGACAUCAUGGCUGCGAUCGACGAGGGCAACAUCGAGAUCCCCGACGCCUAAACGAUGACCGUCUAGGUGGACAGGAAGGAGCCUCUUGUAACGAGUACCUGGCGAGCUGCGUGUCCCUAUGGUCCUGACUCUCACACGCAUGAUUUCCAGGCAGCUGCAUGGUCC